GUGUUCAAACAAGCCGCCAUGUUUCCCUUCCACAUCUGUUUUCCAUGAGCGUGAAAGGCAAUCGCGUCCCACAUCAGCACAUUCACUUCUUAAAAUUGUGCUGCACUGGAAGACUUGCUGCUCUUUCCAGGGAACGUCGUCAUGGGAAUUUACAAGGAGGAAAAAAAGGAGGGUUGGGGGCGAAAGAGGAAGAGGAGGUGUGACAUAAGAGGAGAAAUCUUGACAUGAGAAGGUAAGGUGGACGUGGAAAAGACGAAUAAUCGUGGAAAUUGGGAAUAAUCCAAGCGGGACAUCAUGUGGACGACGACUGUCCUCCUCCUGCUGCUGCUUUUACCUCAUCUGCCAUCCUCCACUAACACGACAGAGAGCCUCAAACAAUCAGUGGCGGAUGCGCCUGUCAUCACCCGGCAAGGGGAGGAGGGAGGGGUCAGCGGUUGUGACACGUGCUCCAUCCCCUGUGACGUCACCGUCAGGCUGCUGCGAGAUGAGAAACAUUCCAUCUGUGGACAGUUGCAGCAGUCGUUGCUGGCGUUUGGCCGCAGCACCACAAAGUUGAUGCGUGAUGUGAUGGAGGAACAGCAGCGAGCUCUGGACGUCCUCACCAGUCAGGUCGCAGAGGUCAUGAAUAAAGUGCAAGCGCUCAGCAUGGAGGUACAGAGGAGCAACGCUGAGAUGUACGCCGUCAAACCCCCUCUGUCACACGGACGAGACUGCAGCGACAUCAUGGAGAGUCUGAUGUCCGUCGUCCCCAAGAUUCCCAGCGGGAUUUACAUCAUCCACCCGGACGACUCUGACUCGUCCUUCGAGGUCUUCUGUGAGAUGGACUACAUGGACGGGGGAUGGACGGUGAUGCAGCGCAGGACUGAAGGCUUGAUGGACUUUAAACGACCCUGGGCAGACCAUGUUGGCGGCUUUGGACACCUUGCAGGUGAGCACUGGUUGGGCCUGAAGAAGGUUUUCAACAUCGUGAACCAGAAGGAGACACGGUUCCAGCUCCACAUCGCUCUUGUGUCACAAGAUGAUGUCACCUCGUACGCGUCCUACGACGACUUCCACCUGGACAACGAAACUCAGUUCUUCAGCAUCCACCUGGGAAGAUAUGUGGGCAGUGCAGGCGAUGCCUUCCGUGGCUACGACCAGGACCAGAACCAGGACACGGCCCCGUUCAGCGCCUCAGAUGUGGACAACGACGGCUGCAACCCCUCCUGUUCCAUGGGGGGGCUCACGGUGGAGAGUUGCAGUGCCCGGCAUGACCAUACAGGGUGGUGGUUCAACCGGUGUGGCCUGGCCAACCUCAAUGUCUCUCCAAGGGACCUCCAGCAGGACCGGGGGCCUCGGACGGGAAUUCUGUGGGACACCUGGAGACACAACGGAGUGGUUCGAGACAUUAAGUCUGUCACCAUGAAGAUCAGGAAGAUGCCAACUAAUAACUAAUAAAAACAAAUUUACAUUUUUAGUAAUAAAACAGAAAAAGUGACUUCUUCCACACCAAACUCCUCCAAGAGUGCCUUUAUGGACCUUGCUUUGUGAGCUGGGAAUAGAAAAAAUGUCUAGAUUAGAGGAAGAAUCAAUAUUGAUGGACAAGCUAAGGCAGGGGUGUCCAAAAAUAUAACAUCCAUCCAUCCAUCCAUCCAUCCAUCCAUUUUCUUCCACUUAUCCGGGUCCAGGUCGCCGGGGAAGCAGCCUCAGUAGGGAAGCCCAGACUUCCCGGUCCCUGGCCACCUCUUCCAGUACCACUGGGAGGACACCAAGGCGUUCCCAGGUCAGCUGUGAGACAUAAUCUCCCCAGCGUGUCCUAGGGCUGCCCCGGGGCCCUCUCCAUGGGCAUGCCUGGAGCACCUCACCAGGGAGGCGUCUGGGAGGAAUCCGGGAUAGAUGCCCGAGCCACCUCAACUUGAUCCAAUGUGAAGGAGCAGCGGCUCUACUCUGAACGCCUCCCGGAUGACUGAGCUCCUCACCCUCACCUCUUAGGGUGAGUCCAGCCACCCUACGUAGGA